UUCAUAUUUUAGUUUUAGUCAUUAUGGGGCACUCAUUGGCUCCCAUUGACAGCGCUAGACGUCCAAUCUAUGUGGACUGGGACGGGGUGCUGAAAAAAUGCAAUUCCUGGAGAAAUUGCGAUAGUAGCUUUGUCGUGAUGGUUGGUAUAUCAGGUCACUUCCUGUUGAGUUGGAGGCAUUCCAGGAUCACUUCCUGUUCAUAAUGGGUCACUUCCUGUUGAGUUUGGGGCAUUUCAGGGUCAAUUCCUGUUCAUACUAGGUGACUUUUUGUUGAUUAUGGGGCAUUUCAGGGUCACCUGUUGAUAUGGGGGGAUUUGGGGUCACUUCCUGUUGAUUUGGGGGGAUUUCAGGAUCACUCCCUGUUGAUAUUGUGUCAUUCCCUAUUGAUAUGGGGCCAUUUUGGGUUCACUUCCUGUACAUUUUGGGUCACUUCCUCUUGAUUUGGAAAUUUUCCUGGUUCACUUCCUGAUGGUUUUGGGGCAUUUCAAGUUCAAUACCUGUUCAUGAAGCUUGUGGAUUUCAGGGCCUUUUGAGGUAACUUCCUGUUGAUUUGGGGGCAUUUCGGGAAGGCCUUUUCAUGAUUUUUACAGUGAAUAGCGUACCGCCUGAAUGCUAUUUUUAGACCGUGACGUUGCCCUCCUAACGAAUAAGUGGGAUAUUAUACACACGCCUUUACAUACAAUCCAUUAUAUUUCUGCUUGUUCUCUCCGGUAAUCAUUCAAAAACGAACAUGCCGAACAAACACUGCUGCUAUGGAACUUGUAGAAAUGACUUCAGACAUAUGAAGGAUGUUUUCUUCACACGUUUUCCAAAACCAAAAACACGAAGGAAAAAAUGUGAAGAUUGGAUCAACUUGCGCGGACGUUUAACGCCAGCAAGGUGAAGCCAUUCACAUUUCAUAUGCAGUAAACAUUUUGUUGGGGGCCAUGGUCCUUCAGAGGAGGAAGAGGGUCAGUUAUUAACGCGACACCUGCUCUUUGAAGUUGGGUGUGCUUUGAUAAUUCUCUUUUCUUUGUGGAUGUCAACUGGGAGAACGACUGCAGCUCGACAUUCCGAACUUGUGCACCGAGACAAACGCAGUCUUCUCUAAAACAAUGGCCGAACGUCUCAAGGACUAUACUCAAUGUCCGGGCUGUUCGAACAUCUUUACAGAUCCUCUCUUUCUGCCGUGCGGUCACGACAUCUGCCGUAUAUGUCUGCAGCAGUUGAUUGCCACAGAGGAAUUAUUGUGUCAACUCUGUGGGGGAGCGUUCGAAUUGAGGGAUCCGCGUCCGAACUUCAGACUCAAGGCGAUGUGUGAGGACCUCUCCAUUGUCAAGUCAGAAGACGUGUGCAGCUUGCACAAAGAGGAACUCAACUUCUUCUGUUUGGACCACCAGGAGCUUGUGUGCCCCGUAUGCAUCUCUACAGAAAUCCAUGCUGGCCACAAGUUCAAGUCCCUCAAAAUAAUAGUGAAAGGUCAUCAUAAGGAACUCCAGGAAGGCCUGCAGAAGGCAAACGAAAUAUUCAAAGAUGCCUACUUAUGUAAAGAGAACUUACUUGAACAGGCAUUGUACAUCAAAGCCCAGAGGGAGAACGUCGAACUCAAGAUUAGGAAGGAGUUUAAGGGGCUCCGUCUCUUUCUCGACUUCGAGGAGAAGAGCAGGUUGGCUGCGGUCGAGGAGGAAGAGAAGAAGAAGAGUCGAACGAUUAAGGAGCAGUUAGCGGCUCUCGACGAAACAAUCCUCGUUGUCUCGGAUGCCCUCAGCAGCACUGAGGAGCAGCUGAGGUCUGGCGAGGCUUCUUUCAUGAAGAACUUGGAGACUGUGAUGAGCAAAAUCCAGGAGCUGCCUGAAAAGCCGCAGCUGCUGCCAGGAGCUCUGCUGGAUGAAGCCAUACACGUGGGCAACCUCAAGUUCGAGGUGUGGCACCGGAUGAGGUGGAUGUUCGUCUACAGUCCCGUCAUUCUGGACCCCAACACAGCCAAUCCAAAAAUCUGUUUGUCCGAAGAUCUGACCAGUCUGAGUUUAGAAGAAGUAGCGCAGGAGCGUCCAAAGAAUCCAGAGAGGUACCAGGAAUCGCUGUCUGUGCUGGGUGCGGCUUUGGACCCGGGAAGACACGUGUGGUACGUUGAGGUGGGAGACAACAAUGCCUGGAGGGUGGGGGUUGUGUGGGGGCACCCUGGUUUGCCACAGAAAAUGAGUCAUUGUACCAUUGGAUUUCGUGAUGGUCAAUACAAAAAGCCCGGUCACAAAUAUGGAGAAUGGAAUCCGCAUUUAGUAUUGCAGAGGAUCCGAGUUGAAGUGGACACGAUUGAAAGGUCGGUGUCCUUCUUUGAAUUGUUUACAAACACCCAAUUGUGGAGCACUCAGAACCCUACCGAGUGGCCAGACUUGUCCGGUAACGACAAAAUGUUUCCUUACUUUGGCACAGCAGAUGAUGGUCCUCUAAUGAUAAUCGGCAUUCAACCUGGUUUUACGGCCGCCAUUCACGGUCACGAUGACACGGCUUAAUUUUUUGCUUUUUAAUCUCAUGUAAAUCAUUCCUUUAUUUUCUCCACAUGAUUUGACUCUCAAUUAUCGGCCAGGUCAUGUGAUUGAGUAAGACUUUACUGGAGUCAAAAUAAUGAAGCAGCAUUCUUUUCUGAAUACAACUUUUAGUUUAAUGCGAGCCAUAUUUUGAAGUCAUACUACUCUUACUUGAGUACAGCUUCGGGCUACUCUCUUGUUAACGUUGAUUUACUUGUAUGACUUGAAUACUUGUACGAGAAUCAUUUUUUAACAUUUUAUAAGUACUUUGAGUGAUUUCAUUUUAAAAUAAUACUCAUCGAGAACAAUAUUUGGCUUCUCGUUACAGUUUGAAAAAUAUCAGACACGAGUAAGAAGUAUUCUUUUCAACAAAGAAUUUGGAAUGACAACUUUGAAAAUAAAUGAUGAUCAAUAC